GUCAAUUCGGCGUGAUCUUGAGUUCAACCUGUCAAUAAUAAUGUGAUUCGAUGAGGCGAAGAAGUUCUGUGAAGCGUUAGAAGCAAACUCAGACAGGCCUCAUUGAAUCCCUGGAUUUUCGUGUGGAAGCCACCAUGAUCAAAGGUAUGUAGGUAUCCAGACUGUGAAAUAUCCGGCUGAUGGAGGUCAUCCAUGGACUGCAAACAAAUCUGAUUCACGCGGAAGACAUAUAUAAUCUCGGCUGCAUCUGAUGAGCACGACAUCGCCGAAGUCGCAUAGUACCGCGAAUCCAUCACUGGUCUCACACUAGUCGUCUGCAUUUGCUUGUCCGGAAAAUCAUAUUCCCCCAACCACGCUCGCUAUAAAUCUGUCUCGAUUGUUCAUGGACUCUCGAAUACUCAGCUCAAUCCCUCGAUCUUUGACUCGCACGGGAUGCCUUUCUCAAUGAUGGAAAUAGGCUUCACUGUUGUUCUUCUGGUCUUAGUGACUUAUGCUGUGAAGCGAGCAGUAGACGCCCGAUCGCAGGAUGUGAGACUGCUCCCUGGGCCAUCGUCCUCAUCUUGGCUGUUCGGCAACCUGCCCGAGAUGUUCUUACCGCACAACUACGGGGACAACGAAUAUCGUUGGGCGAGUGAGUAUGGAGGGGUGUAUCUGCUGCGCGGUGUUUUCGGUCAACCACGACUGAUGGUAUCAGACCCAGUGGCGCUCAACCACCUUCUCAAGAAUGACAACGCUUACUAUGAGCCGAUGUUUCUUGCUUUGACUACGGCACUAUACGGGCGGCGGAAUCCGAUGGCGCUGAGAGAUAAUGCACAUCGGAAACUUCGCACGGCUCUCAGCAUCGGAUUCACUCCUGCUGUCGUCAAAGAGUACCUGGAAACUUUCAAAUCUGUUGCCUCCCAAAUUGCUCAAUCACUCGCGAGCGAAAAACAAGGCGCUGUUGUGGAUUUAACUCCACUGAUUGCCACUGCGACGCUCACUGCUAUUGCCGAAAUCGCUGUCGGCCGCUCGAUCGACCAACUGGAUCCUCGGCUGAAUAAAUCGCUGUUUGAUGUUCUGUCGCUCGCGUCAAGAUUCGGAUACCCGCAGUUCCUUAUCGAGGGGCUGACAUCUCAUUUACCGGCGUCCUUCCUCAACUGGAUGUUUGGCAAUGCUCCGCUGCGGAUGUUUGCGUUGACUCGGAAAACAAAGUCUCUGUGCACGGAGCUGGGCAACCAAGUUGUCUCAGAGAUGACUACAGACGAGGGUGAUGUCCAAGGCACACAUUUGUUUGCCAAAAUCCUCGCCGGCAACUCGAGCAAAUCUCUGUCCACGGACCUUCUCGUCGAUCAAACUAGUAUCUUGAUGAUAGGGGGUCAAGACACGACAUCGAAUACAAUGGCAUUUGCGCUUAUCGAGCUUGCUCGACACCCCGCCCUGCAAGCUAGUCUCCGGGCCGAGCUUCUCGACGCUGGCGCAGACACCGCAAACGGGUUCGAUUCGCUGCCCCUGUUGAAUGCCGUCAUCAAGGAAACCCUCCGAUUCUAUCCGGCUGAGCCUAUAUCGGAGAAAGUGGCGCUUGUUGACUUGACCGUGCCACUCAGCAAACCAGUGACUUUGAAGGAUGGACGCGUCGUCAACGAGCUCUUUGUUCGCAAAGGACAGUACAUCGGGUGUGAGUUUGGGGCGUACCAGCGAACUACGUUCCGUUGGGGACCAAAGCCUGAAGAAUUCAAUCCGUACCGGUGGAUAGAAGAUCAAGUCGGCCCAGAGGGAGAGACGAUGGCGUCUAGCCCCUAUUCCAGUCUGUUGUCUUUUGCUAACGGGCCGCAUGUGUGUCUUGGAUCUCCCGCUCUGCAGUUGGCGCUUCGCGUGAGUCGUCAACUUCGGGUACCUCGAUUCUCGAAUCUCACCUCGAAAUUUUCCCUCCUCAGUGUCCUUGAGAUGCAAGUCAUUCUGGCUGAGCUGAUCUCGAAAUUCGUCUUCGAGAUUCCCAAGGAUCCAGCGCUGCAGGUUCGCAGCCUUUUCACCAACACGAUGGUCAGCUGCAAUGACAAAGGAGAGAGAGGUGCAUGGCUCCAUGUGGAACGGGUCAAACAGUACACUCUGUCAUUGGCUGUGGGCCAGGCUAUUUAUGAGCUAUCGAUCAAGCUAUAUAACCUCUGCAAGGGGUUCUUUCGCAAUCCGACCCCGACCCACACUCUGACCACGAUGCCUUUCUCCGUUCUAGGAUCAUGCGCAACUGCCUUCCUUGUGGUCACUGCUACCUAUCUCAUCAAGCGGGCACUCGACAGUCGUUCGCACGACGUGAAUCUGCUCCGCGGGCCUUCGCCCGCUUCCUGGUUGUUCGGCAGCCUCCCUGAGAUGUUUCUUCCGCACAACUAUGGGGACCAUGAAUAUCGCUGGGCAAAUGAAUACGGCGGAGUGUAUCGGCUGCAGGGCGUGCUCGGUCAAACGCGUCUGAUGGUAUCGGACCCCGUGGCGCUCAAUCACCUACUCAAGAACGACGACGCUUAUUAUGCACCGAUGUUCCUCGCCCUUGUCACGGCGCUCUACGGCCGGCGGAAUCCAAUGUCAUUGAAAGACGAUCCGCACCGGAGACUCCGGGCCGGUCUCAGCGUUGGAUUCACUCCAGCUGUGAUCAAAGAAUAUUUAGAUACCUUCAAGGCCGUGGCCUCUCAGAUCACCGAGUCGCUCUUAGAACGCAAACCGGGCGCAGUCGUCGACUUAAUUCCGGACCUCUCUGUGGGAACACUGUCUGCGAUUGGACAAGUCGCCGUGGGCCGUUCGAUGGAGGAACUCGAUCCUGGGUUGAAUGAAGCUCUUUUCGGUGUAUUAUCGCUCGCCUCAAGAUUUGGAUAUCCACAGUUCCUGAUUGAGGAACUCGCAUCGCAUCUGCCGGCGUCCUUCCUGAACUGGCUGUUCAGCAAGGCUCCUCUGCGCAUGUUCGCCGUGACCCGACGAACCAAGGCCCUUUGCUCGGAACUGGGAGAACAAAUCGUCACUGAGUCGACCGCAAGCGAUAAUACCGUCGAAGGGAAUCACUUGUUUGCUAAAAUCUUGGCCGGCAACUCAAGCAAAUCGCUUCCGACGGAUCUUCUCGUUGAUCAGACCAGUAUCUUACUUAUAGCCGGCCAGGAUACGACUACGAACACGAUGGCAUUUGCACUGAUCGAACUUGCGCGGAAUCCUGCCGUGCAGGCCAGUCUCCGAGCUGAGCUCCUCAACGCGGGCGCUGAGAUCGAAGAUGGCUUCGACUCGCUGCCGCUAUUGAACGCGGUGAUCAAGGAAACUCUCCGCCUGUACCCUGCCGAGCCCGUAUCCGAAAAGAUGGCGCUUGUGGACCUGACAAUACCACUCGGCAAACCAACCACACUGAAGGAUGGGAGAGUCGUCACAGAGCUCUUUGUUCGCAAAGGGCAGUACAUCGGCUGCGAGUUUGGUGCUUACCACCGGAGCACUGAUCGAUAGAUCGCUGGGGACCCAAACCCGAGGAGUUCGAUCCGUACCGGUGGAUGAAUGAUCAGGUUGGCCCGGCAGGAGAAACGAUGGCAUCAAGCCCUUAUUCUAAUCUACUGUCCUUCUCGAAUGGGCCGCACGUCUGUCUUGGCUGGCGCUUUGCGUGAGUCCGACGAGCUUCCCGUCUUGCACAUUGCUCAUGGCACGCAACUUUCCAUGACAGCGUACUCGAGAUGCAGGUGAUCCUCGCGGAACUAAUCUCGAAAUUCGUCUUUUCGAUCCCCAGCGAUCCCGCGCUCCAGGUUCGCAGCCAAUUCACGAAUACUUUGCUGCCGUGCAACGACCGGGGAGAGAAAGGCGCGUGGCUCUGCGUCGAACGCGUUGUACAAUAGCGUGCUUCCGUUUUCGUAUCCCGUGCGACGUCCGUGGGGAGUUUGAAGCGAGCAGCGUACAACCGUACCGUGAAAU